GCUUGAAAACUAUACAAAAUAUAAGCUCGCCUGUCACGGUGAUCAAGGGAAAUAAAUUCACAGUCAAGAUUAAGGCACUUUUUGUGAUACGACAUUUAAUUUGAAAGCAUUUAAAUAUUGUAAAGCAUAAUUACUAGUUGUCUUAAUCACCAUCGUUAUUAUCACAACAGGAGCUGAAAGCAGACUAAUGUCGCCUGUCGUUGUUAUGGCAACGUCAUGUCAGUUCCGCAAACACAACUGUACCGUUGGAGGGUUAUUUCUAAAGCUAGCUAGACUCUAAGAAAGUGGAAUAAAAAAAUUAAAAAAAAACUUUUACCAUGUUGACGGCCCACCGAAGCAGGACACGAUGUCGGGAAGUAACUGGACCUGGACAUUCAGUGGCACUGAGAGCAAAGCCUCCUUUAUCCAAAGACGUAGAUGACCUCUUUCUGCGGAAGAGGAAACAGGAGGCCAUACGGAAUGAAGUGCUGGAGUUUACCAAGAAUCAAAGCUCCUGUGAUGUGAGAAUGCGAUGGGAAAGGAACACACAGUGCCGGAUGGUGUCGGCCACUAUUAGUAGACGUCUGCGGGAAGCAAGAGAGCAGUACCAGAUGGACAUUGAUGAAAGGAGGGAAAGGCUUCGUGAGCUGCUAGAGUCAGAGGAGCAGGAGUUCUUCAGGGAGAUGGAGGCAAAAAAGGAGACAGUGUUGGAGAGGCAAGCUAAGAUGCUUGAAAGAGCCAAGACUCUGCGAGAGAGAAGAGAGAGUGAGAGACAGAGACUCGUUGCUGAGAAACUUGAUCAGCUCUUCAGAGAGCAAAGUGAGGAGCUGCGUGCCGUGCAGGUGAGGCGCAGACAGGAUGAGGUCUGCACCGAGCGUGCUGCUCAGAUCCGUACUAAGGAGGAAGUGCAACGAAUGCAACAAGAGGAAAACAGACUGUUCGCCCAGAUGUGGGAGAGCGACAGGCUGGCUAAAGAGGAGCAUCAUAACCAGGAUGUUCAACGGCAGAGAGAGAACAACCUCCAGCAGAAGGAAUACCUGCAGGCACAGAUGGAAACGACUGAGCAGCAGAGAAUACAGGCCAAGCAACUGAAGCAAGAGGAGGCCCAGUUACUGAGAGAGCACAGGGAGAUGCUUCGUAUGGAGGCAGAGAGAGAACACAGACAGAAGCUCCAAGACCAGGAGAAACGCCGUAAACAGCUGGACCUUUCACUUCGGUUGAAGAUGAAGCGCCUGGCACGAGAUCGGCAAGAAGAGCUGGCUCUAGAUAUGAGCAUCCUGGAGCAGCUAAUGACUGAAGAGAGAGAUGAAAAGCAAGAUGAGGUCCUCAAAAAGCUGGAGCGUCAAGAGGAGCAGCGCAGGUACAGGGAGUAUCUGGCAGAGCAGCUGGAAGAGCAGAAACAGCAAGAAGCUGAGACGGAGCAACUGUUUGAAUCAGAGCUGCAGCAGGCCUGGGCCCGCAGGGAGGCACAGUGGCGUCAGGAAAAGGCAGCAAGAGACCGACUUAUGAAGGAUGUCAUAGACACUCGCCGACUGCAGAUCCAGGAGAAAUUGAAUGAGAAUUUGCUGAAACAGGCUGAGCCUUUCAAAGAGAGAGAGGAGCUCGACCGAAUCCUUGAAGAGAACAAAUUGCUGGAUGAAGAAGAAAAGACUCGUUUAAGGGAGGCCACUCAAGAGUAUAAGGCUGAUUUAUUGGCUCAGAUGCUGCACCGCCAGCGCAUUCAUGAAGCAGAACAAGCUGAGAAAGAACAUGAGUUCCAGAGGGGUCUGUGGUACCAGGAGCAGUACAAUAAGAAGAUCCAGGAUAUCCUCUCAAGGCCAAUAUCCGGCACCACAGCAGUUCAUCCCUUCAGGAGACGAGAGCGCCCCUGCUCCAACUUUGGUGCACAGUUGGCAUAAAUCCAACACAUUCUAUUCUCAACAUUAUUCAUAACAUGAGUAUAAAAUAUUCUAAAAAUGAUAUAAAAAUAAAAAAUAGAUUUAAACUUUCAGUGAACUUCCAUGCUUAAAUACCUUACAUGCUCAUUUCUGAAUAACUAGACGUUGUAUAUUUUACACAUUUGUGUGAUCUGUGAUCAGAUUCAUUAUUCCUGUGCUAAAGUUUGUAUUCAGACUUAAAUACAAGUCUGACUGGAUUAACUUGUUUUGAGGCAGAUAUUUGCAUGUUUAAAAGUCAAUUAUUUAAAGAAAGCCAAUCAUUUCAAUGAAUAGACUGCGAAUAGUGUCCUCUUUUUGCAAGUCAGUCACAUGUCCUUAUACACAGCGUCUAACACCAACCAUCUAAUUAAAAACAAUAGAAAACCGUCCAGGGUUGCUAUGAAACAUGUACAGUACAUAGUAUCAAGAGAGGUCAAAAGGUUAAGGUUCAAAAAUUACACAGUUAACAUGCAGACUAUUUCCAUAAUGAUUUAGCAACAGAGUUUUACACCAAUAAGCUGCUGGGUUAAAUGUUUAGUGGGCGAAUGAGUGGGUGGAUAAGUUUUGACGCUGCAAAUACCACGACAGCUCGUAUAUGGUGAAGAAGUUAGUCAACACCCAAUACCUUACCUAGGAGUGGUAUGGGUGUGGAGCAAUUGGUCUGAUGUAAUUUUUGUCUUUUUUCUUACUCACUUGGCUGUUCAGACAGGUUUAACUUUUACUCAAGCCAGUGUGGGACUACAAAAUUCGGCAAAGUACACUACAAUCUUUUUAAGCAUGACAUGAGAAAUAUACAGCAUCUGAAUAAUUCAGAGCUCUGAUGAUCAUUGUGUCUGUGGAUAUUUGUACAUUUUCUAAGAGAAGAUGCGUGAACAUGAACUUUAUGUCAAGGUAGGUCAGGCAUUGCUACUCUUUCAUUUUAGAUUUCCACAUCACAUUAAUUACAGUAUGUGGUCCACUAAGAGAUACAGGUUACAGCUUUAUUAAUAAAUACAUUAAGCUAAACAUGUUCAUGUUUUCUGUCCUUAUUCAGGAUGUGAGCAGUACUUAGACGUUUCUCAUUCUGAAUUUGUUUCAUCCUAUGGUUUAGCCUACUCAUAGCUUGUGUCCACUCUGCAUUUUGCAGAUAAGAGUAGAAAGGCUGCUGUGUUGCUCAGCUUUGUGUCUUUGAUUAAUCAUGCAGAAACUGAGCACACACAGUGCACACUAUCUGAUUUUUCUAGGCAGCUUCUGCUCUCAAAUAUUUCUGAGAAACACAAAAAAAGUACAUGUAUAGAGUCUUGUGUUAAACGUCACAUUGUAUGAUCAAAAAGAAAUGGGCCCAAUCAGUUUCAUCAGAGUAAUGUAAUCUUGGUGCAAUGAUGUGUUUUUAUGCAUUUAAUAGCUUAUACUGUGUAAUAAGUAGACUAUUUUAGCACUAUGGGUUUCAAGGUCUAGCUGGAGACAAAAAAGUAUUUUAAAGUUAUAAUAAUUUGAUGGAGUAAACAUUCAUGUAAUCUAAAAUGCUGU